UGUCCCAACUACCUUUCGUCGUUUGAAUGAAUCACUUCCCUCAUUUCUCUCAGUGCCCAAUCAAACCCACACACCAAUCUCUCUCUAAAUCUCCUAUUUCUUCAUUUUUUGGAUAAAAUUCAAACCCAUUAUCUACCACUAUCUUCUCUCUCUCUCUCUCUCUCUCUCUCUCCGACUAAAGCACCAGUAGUUGAAAAACUCGUGCCCACAACAGCACCCCAAAAUGGUAGUCAUCAAAGCCGGAAGUAGACCGCCGUGGGUGGGUCUCAGCGCCGCCGUGUGGGUCGAAAUCGCCGCCGGAAGUGGGUAUACCUUCGCUUUAUACUCCACUACUCUCAAAACUGUUCUGGGUUUCAAUCAACAACAGCUUACAAUUCUUGGAGUGGCCAAUGAUAUUGGAGAGAAUGUGGGUAUUCUUCCUGGGAUCGCCUGCAACAAAUUCCCACCUUGGGCCGUUCUUUGUGUUGGUGUUUCUGCUUGUUUUUUGGGGUAUGGUGUUAUUUGGCUUGCUGUUAGCGAGACUGUUCAGUCCAUACCUUAUUGGGUGUUAUGGAUUGCACUUUGUAUUGCCACCAAUUGCAAUGCUUGGUUUGGCACAGCCGUGCUUGUAACCAACAUGAGAAAUUUCCCUCUCAGUAGGGGCACAGUUGCUGGCAUUCUCAAAGGAUAUGUUGGUCUCAGUGCUGCUGUAUAUGCAGAGGUGUACAGUAUAGUUCUCAACAACUCUGCUUCAGAACUAUUGCUAUUCCUUACUAUUGGGCUUCCAAUUAUAUGUUUGGCAAUGAUGUAUUUUAUUCGAUCUUGUACCCCGGCUUCCGGAGAAGAUUCUUCCGUUCACGUCCAUUUUCUGUUCACCCAAGCUUCAAGUAUCUGUCUUGCCGUCUAUGUUCUCACAACCGUGAUAUUGAAAGCUACAUUAUCUCUAAGUAAUGCCAUCUCCUACACGUUUAUUGCUAUAAUGAUUAUUUUGCUCAUGUCUCCUAUUGCAAUUCCCAUCAAAAUGACAUUGUUCCCAGCAAAUUCCAGGACACUGGGCCCACCUGUUGGUUCUUCAGAUGAUUUGGUUUCAGGAGAAGGUGAUGCAAACCAAUUAGAUCCUUUGUUGGUACCAUCUUCGCCAGAAACAAAUCUUGGAAAUUUUCUUGAAAGUGACUAUACUUCAGAUGUCGAUAUGCUUCUAGCUAUGGGAGAGGGAGCGGUGAAUAAGAAAAGGAAGCCCAAAAGGGGGGAGGAUUUCAAGUUUCGUGAAGCUAUUAUCAAGGCCGAUUUCUGGCUUCUAUGGCUGGUAUACUUCCUUGGGGUUGGUCCUGGAGUAACCGUUCUCAAUAAUUUGGCACAGAUUGGAACUUCGCUAGGUGUGGAUGAUACAACAAUAUUGUUAUGCCUCUUCAGCUUUUGCAAUUUUCUAGGACGCCUUGGGGGCGGUGCUGUCUCUGAACAUUUUGUAAGGUCAAAAACGAUUCCCCGAACAGUUUGGACGGCACUCACACAAAUAAUUAUGAUCAUAACGUUUCUUCUUUACGCGUCAGCUCUCAACGGUACCCUUUAUGCUGCAACUGCGUUGCUUGGUAUCUGCUACGGUGUUCAGUUCGCUAUAAUGAUUCCAACUGCUUCUGAGCUUUUUGGUUUGAAACAUUUCGGUAUAAUAUACAACUUCAUGCUGCUUGGCAAUCCCAUUGGUGCGCUUCUCUUCUCGGGUCUGCUUGCUGGUUAUGUAUACGAUGCUGAGGUGGCAAAGCAACAAGGGUCCACUUGCUUGGGUCCCAAUUGCUAUAGGCUCACAUUUUUGGUACUAGCCGGCGUAUGCGGGCUCGGCACGAUCUUGACUGUUAUUUUGACAAUCAGAAUAAGGUCGGUCUACCAAAUGCUUUAUGCUGGGGGUUCUUUUCGCCUGCCUUCAAGCCACUGAAGCUCGGAGAUUUUGGUACUUGUAGUAGCUUAAAAUCAAGGAUACUAGUUUUACAGAGGCACAUAAUAAAUUUUCACUUUGUGCUCUGCACACAGGGCAACAGAAGCGGCUUGUGUGCGGUAUGUUUCAUUUUUUUGCCUUAAAAUACUUGAGCUUUGCUUUUAAAGCUUCUAUUUCUCUAUUGUUUGUUUGUAACUGUUUUGAUUCAUACAAAUCUGGCAGAGAUUCAUAGGGAAACCAUAGGGGAAUAGAAUUAUCCCACUUUGUUUCGCAUACUAUGUUAAAUAAAUCUUCCAAUUUAUUACUUGUAACAGGAUCUUUCAUAUCUAUAUACUGCGAGUUUAUUCUUA